GAAAAAUAAUUAGUUGUCUUAUUUUAUCUGAUUAUUCAAUUACAAUGAAUUUUUGUAUUUUUUUCAAUAUAAUGUAGUUUAUCUGUCAGAUGGGCAAAGAUCAUGCCCAGCAGUUAAUUAUAUAACUCCUAGUGAAGCCAGCACAGAAGGUGGUUCAGCUAUUAUGAUUUUCGGAUGCGGAUUUGAACAAAGUGCAUUUGUAUUACCUGGAUCGAAUUCUAACUCUGGGAAUCGUGUAUUGCUCAAGAAUGCUUGGCAAACUUAUAGAGCUGAGUUAAUUGAAGAAGGAGGCAGUAUGAUUAAAUUCUCUUCACCAAAACUUCCAGAAGAUACUUAUACAGUUAUGGUUACUGUUUCUGGAAUAUUAAUACCAGAUGCAAGAAUGUGUUAUGGAUAUACAUGCACUUUAACAAUUAAAUCAUCAGUAACUCCUACUAUUGAGAAGGUAUCACCUAUCUAUGCCCCACCAGGCUCAGUUAUUGGAUUGAAUGGAACAAUUUUCACUAGUCGUUUUAGUUCAAAUUUAGAUGUUUUCACAGUUGGCAGACCACAAAGUAUCAUUAGGAUAUACGAUGGUCCAGGAAAUUGUGAACCUCAACUACCGAAUAGUGACUUGUACUAUGGUAUUGGUCUACUUUCCCCUACAUCAGACAAAGGUUAUAUCAUGUGUAAACGAAGUGUAUCAUAUACAGGUUCUGUGAAUAUCAGUUUCAUAGUUGAUGCGCCAUAUGGAAGAAGUAAAACUUUGGAAUCAGUUUAUCGAGUUGACAGAAAUGAACAAACAUUUAUGCAUCAAUCUUAUUCCGUUAUCAGCAAUGUUACAUCCAUUCAAACCUCUUCGUUUGGAGGCGGUUCAAUUGAAAUUACAGGAGAAUAUUUAAAUUCUCAAAAUGAUAUUGAAAUCUCUGUAGGAUAUACAAAAUGUUCACCAACAUUGGUAAAUUCAACGUAUAUUAAUUGUAUCCUUGAUCAAAUUGAACAAACGCCGAAACCUAAUUUUUAUCCAGGGAAUCGAGGAUUAACUGUUCAGUUUUGGUCUGAUUUGAAGGCCUCAAGUGUCAGUGACUUGCUGUUAAUAAAUUUCGAUCAAAUGACAAAUACAACUUUACAAGAAACAUAUCUUUACGAACCAGAAUUUAUACCAAAAGAUUUAUUUAACGGGACAGGAAUAAUUCGUCUUUCAAUGAUAUUUGUACCUCCGAAAAAUUCUUAUUAUCAAUUCAUAAUUACUUCAGCUAAUACAUAUGCUCUUCUUGGUGGGGGAAUUAAUGAAACUCUGACACAAAUGACUAUAACAAACAGUCGAACAAAUUCCAUUUACUUAAACAGAAAUGAACACUUCUUACUUGAACUUCGUAGUAUAAUUUCUCAACCAACAGCUAUUGUACGUUUAUGUGCUUCUUUAUCAAAUGCAAGUUUAAAUUACCAACAACUCAAAAUAUCAAAACCAACAUCCUAUAUGAUAACAAUUAAAUCAAGUGCGAAUUCAGAGAAACAAGUCAUAGAUCAUUCAGCUCUGGUGAACUCAUCAAUUAUACCAAUAGCUGAGAUCCAAACAAUCAGUAUACCAACAGCUGCUACACAGUAUAAGCUGUGCUUAUUUUAUUCGUGUACAUCUCCUUUACCAGUCCAAAAUCCAAAUGUUGAUUUAAUUAGUCAAGAGAUUAGUGAAAAAUUGAACGGUUCUUCUGUGAAAACAAAAAUCGUACAAAUAACUAAUGAUUAUUUGGUUCUUCAAAUAACUUUUCCUGAAGAGUUUGGUGAUAUGCCAUUGUUGGAUGUACAAAGCUUUCCACAAACAAUCAACAAAUCACAGGUUAAUGAAACUGUACAAGGUAUGACAGGAUUUUCAAAGACAAUUAGACCAUCCUAUGGCGGUAUGUAUUCAUAUAUGACCUAUACACUUGACAGUACUGAAAAUGAAAUUCGACUAGCAUAUCUCAAUCUUGGCUCAUCAUGGUGUCCUUCUAAGUUGAUUAACCCUACAUUUAAAUAUGCAGUUUUAGAUGAUUUCGAAACAUCAACACUUAGUACUGUUACAACAGAAACGGUUGCAUUUUGUGGUCGACAAUCUGUUUUAAAUUUAUUUACCUACCAAUUUGCUCAACUUAUCUCGGUUAACACCAAUCCUUAUUUAUGUUUUGCAAUAAAAGGAAAAACGAAAAACAGUAUAAAUUUCUUAUACAAUGCCAUUGGUGUAACAUCUCGUUUAUUGAAACAAACAUUAACCUAUUCAAUUGAUCUUACACAGCAAGAUGAAAAUUCUUGGAAAUUCAAAUGUAUUAAUGUACUACAAUUACUUCGUACAGAUCCACGCAAUAUAAAUGCAACAAUUUUUCAACUUGAAUCUUUUUCUAUACCACCAAGAAAGAAAUUUUACGAAUUGGAAUAUACUUUGUUCUUAGAUACAGUAUACAUGGGAACAAAACCAAUUUCCGAUAAUCCAGACGACGUUGUUACGUGGCCACGAUUUCCGAAAGAUAUAUUCAGUGAUAUUAAAAUAACAAAGAAUUUGUCAACAUUUGGUGUGUUCACAAUUGAAAUAAUAACAAAAUCAUGUAGAACCAAUUUUGAACUGUUUGGUUUAACUGGUGUGAAUAUGCCAAAUGACAAUAAAACUAUUGAUAGAACAGUAAUACUUCGGGAUGAAAGAUGGCCAGUAAAUAUUCAAAGUUCAAUAACACUAAUUCAAUCAGCCUCACCACCUAUUGAUGGAAAUUUCAUCUUAUCAUUUAAAGGAGUACCUACUUCACGUAUACCAGCAAAGUUCAUGGAGCCAAGUGUCAUCGAAAGAUUGUUAAAUUUACAUCCAUUAAUGGGUACUGUACGUGUUAGUAGAUAUGGAUGGUGUAGAAGUUUUCAAUAUAAUUUUUGGCUUGAAAGUUUACCUGGUGAUCAACCUGAAAUAUCAGUGAUGAAUGAAACAAAACUAAUUGGUGAUUCACCGCAGAUUACUGUAAGUAAGUCUGCUAUUGGAGGAUUAGUUAUGUGUCCGAUAUCAGGGGACAUGGUAGCAACGAAACACUCUGUUCCACAGGUUAGAUUAUACAUUGAUAAUUUCCCAGCCUACUGUAAAUCGUCAUGUAAUCACCAGUUUGUUGAUUUAUCAAGCUCUGUUGUAACCAAUUCAACAGUACAAAUAACUAAUAAUAAUUUGACGUUGAUUUUAAAUGGAACAGAUUUUAUUGCCAACUCACCAAAUUCUUAUGAAUUAUUUCUUAUGUUCAAUGAAGAACUUAUAUUAAAACAACAACCAUUUCUUACUACCACAACAAAUUUAUACUUUUUCAAUCAAGAUUUCAAUGUUAUUCCAUCUGGAUUACUUACGGGUCGAUUACGUUUAAUUGACAAAGGAUUUAUAAACGGUCCAAUAAACAUUGAUUUAGGCAUGGAAGGUAGUGAAAUUAAAGGUAUUGUACAGACUGGAAUUUUUGACGAUGGAAAAGAAUAUCUAAGAAUAACUGGAUCACGUUUUCUUCCAAAUCAUUCAUCAGCAUAUUUUGAUGAUAUACCAUGUAAAAUAAUAAAUAUGACAACAACUGAAAUAAACUGUUUACUGCCUAUAUCUGAACUUUCAGGUCAAAAACUAGUAAAAAUUCAACAACACAGUAGUAUCAUCUCCAAAACAGUAGAUUUUACCGCAAUACAAGACAACGGACCAGUUAUUACAUCUGUUGAACAAACACAAAUUGCUUCAGUUUCCGGUACUACACAAAUUAUUAUAAAUGGUCUUCGGUUCACUCCUACAAUGUUGAUUUUUGUUGGUGGAGUAAAAGUGGAAAAUUUUACGUUUGUUAAUGAAACACAAAUAAUCAUACUGGCACCUGCACAAAAAAUAAAUGGUGAAAAAACAAUCUCAUUAUAUGGUUCAUCUAAUGUUUUAAUAAAAUCUGAUUUUUCAGUGACUUAUAAAUUUGAAAUAGCUGAUAUAAAACCACAAAUUGGUAGUUUUGUUGGUGGUCAAAUUGUAAACAUAGUCGGUGAAGGUUUUAAUGACGACGUCAAAGUUUUUAUGAAACCAAUUACUGUCGAAAAUCAAUUAUGUAAUGAUCGACCUCGUGCUGAAUGUGAAAUACUGUCUAAAAAUUCAACAACAAUACAAUGCAAGACCACAUCCAUGGUUAAAACCCAUUAUAUUCUCGACAAUGGAAUUGAUCCAGUACGUGGUUCAGGCUAUGAAUGGCAACCGAAAGCAUUAACAAUAAUUCAAGGUGAUAGUGUGGUUUGGAUUUGGAAUACAAGUACUCGUGUAAAUCCUUUAAUGAUAGCUGAAAUAUCUGGUCUUGAAGAUUUAACUCCGUCCGACUCUGGAUUCCAUAGUGGUCAACCAACACAAAAUGGUGUAUAUAGGUUUAAUUUUACACAACCUGGAACUUAUUAUUACACAUCAUCUGAUGAAUUUUUAAUGACGGGUAUUAUAGAAGUGAAAGCAUUUGAUGAUUGUAUGACUGAAGUGAUCGUGGAAACAAAUUAUUCAACAGCUAUUCAUACAAAUAUUCCAGAUACUCUAUACUGGGAUUCAUUGACAACCUGUGAAGGUGGUUUCACUUGUCAGAUAUUAACAAAACCAUCCGAGUUACUUACAAAGCAUGGAUUUGUUUAUCGAGGUUGUGCAACACCAAUAGUAUCUUCAUUCAGUCCAUUUAAUAUUUAUGCUGGAAGUAAGAUUACAGUUUCUUCUCCUGUAUUGGCUAAUUGUGUGAAUCAGUUAAUGAUCAAUGUUGGCGGGGCUGAUUGUACACAACCUGUUCAAGAUAUUAAUGAUUUAGAAUCUAUCGAAUGUGAUUUAAGUGAAGAACAAGUUAUUUCAGCUGGUCUAUUAACUGGACAACCCUUAAAACCAUGUAUUUCACAUAAUCAUCUUGGAUUUGCACUUUUACAUAUUUCUACAAAUGAAUUUGAACAAUAUGCAUUUUUUUGGCCUGGAAUUAAUUGUGAUAAAACAUAUGGUAAAGGUAGUAUUUAUGGCGGUGGACAAUUAAUUGUAUAUGGUUCUGGAUUUGAUCCUAUUUAUAAAAAUUUCAAUAAAAUUACAUUUAAUAAUGAAAAAGAAUGUUCAAUUAUAGAAGUUACAUCUGGUUAUAUAAAAUGUUUAGUACCAAUACCGGAUAAUACAACAAUUGAAUCAAAUUUAAAUGUUACUAUACAAGUUCAAAUAAAAUCAAGAAAUCAAAAUGAUUGGAUAGAUACUCAACAUACUACUCAUAGUGAUUGUUUAUAUUCAUAUGAUAUAACAGCAACACCAAUUAUAAAAAAUAUUGAACCACGUGAAAUAAUCAAUACUAAUCAAAGUCUUAUCAUUUAUGGAAGUAAUUUAUUAUUAACCAAUGAAAAUUAUACAAAUCUACUAAUUACUCUUGAUAAUACACCUUGUAUAAUCGAUAUCAAAUCAAUUUCUAUUAAUAAAUUAUCAUGUCAAUUAAUGAAUUCAUUAUCAUCUGGUUAUGUAACAUUGAAAUUAUUUCAUGAAUUACGUGGUUAUUCAAAAUAUGAAACUAAUUUAACAAUAAAAAGUCAAAUUACAUUUUAUACAAUUUAUCCAUUAGAAGGUAGUUUUGCUGGUGGUACAAUAAUAAAAUUAAAUGGAAAUGGUUUAAAUGAUCCAACAAUUAAAAUUUUAAUAAAUUUAAAAGAAUGUCAAAUUAUAAAUGUGAAGAAUAGAACAGUGAAUGAAAUUUAUUGUCGUACACCGGAACAAUUAAAUUAUAUACAAUUAAAUAAUUAUAAAGUAUCCAUUAAUUUAUCUAAUGGUUUAUUAAUAACAAAUGAAUAUACAUAUGUUAAUAUGAAAACACCAAAAGUAAUAAAUAUUACAAUGAAUUCAAUAAAUAAUAAUAAUGGUACAUUAAUUACUCAAUUAAAUAUAAAUGGUAGUAUGCUUAAUGGGGAUAAUAAUACACAAAUGAAAAUGACCGAAGUUAAAUUAAAUCAAACAUUAUGUAAUAUAGUAACUAUACAAUAUGAUUAUAUUCAAUGUUAUGUAGUGAAUUUACCAAGUGGAAUAUAUCAACUUAUUGUUGAUACACCAGUUUAUGGUUAUGCAUUAUCAGAAAAUAAUAUUAAUAUUAAUUUUAGUUUAAAUUCAAUUAGUCCUAAUUCAGGCGGAACAGAAGGAGGCCAACUGGUGGAGAUUCAAGGGAUAGGAAUGGAUGUUGAACGAAGUACUGUUACAAUAUGUGAUCAGGACUGUUCAAUAGUUGGUGGGAGUUCACUUGCACUUAAGUGUAUUACGCCUAAAUUAUCUACACUGAACAUAAAGAUGUGUGAUGUUACAGUGACAGUUCCUACUAUUGAUAAUGUAUUACAAAAAAAAUUAAUUGGAGCAUUCAAAUAUGAUGUGGAUCUUUCACCAAGAAUAAUCAGUGUAGAUCCAUUAAUUGGAGGCACUGGUGGAGGUACAAUUCUUACCAUAAUUGGUACUUUGUUUGAUAAAUCAACUACAGUUAGUGUUGGUGGUAUUGACUGUCAAUUAAUAUCACUGAAUACUACUGUCAUUGUAUGUCAAACUGGUGAACAUAACGGAAGCGCAAAAGUACCCGUUGAAGUGACCGUUGAAAAUAAUGGUAAAGCAUCUGGAGACUUCACAUUUUACUAUGUGGAUCGUUGGUCAAGUCAAUUUACUUGGAAUAAUCAACCAAUUCCAGUUGAAAAUGAUUUUGUUGUUAUUAAUGCAAAUCAAAAUAUCAUGUUAGAUGUAGAUACACCAGUUUUAUCAAUGCUACUUAUUAAUGGUGGUACAUUGUUCUUUGAUCCAACAAAAAAUAUACAAUUAAAUUCAAAAUAUAUAUUAAUACUAAACAAUGGAAAAUUUCUAAUUGGAUCACCAGAAGAACCCUACACUAAACAGGCUACGAUAAGAUUACAUGGACAUGUACGAGAAAAAGAACUACCUUUGUACGGUGCUAAAGUUUUAGCGUUACGUAAUGGAACAAUCAGUAUACAUGGUAAACCUAGAAUUAUUACAUGGACACGAUUAGCAAAAACAGCUGAACCUGGUACAAAUAAACUAAUACUAGAACAUCCAGUUGAUUGGCAACCUGGAGAACAUAUUAUUAUUACGUCUACUGGAGGAAAAUCAUCACAUAAUGAAUCUGAAGAACAUAUCAUUCAAGAAAUGUCAGCAGAUAAUCGUACAAUUACGUUGGUUUCCCCAUUAGCUUAUAAAAAGUUAUCAGUGAAAAAAAUUUAUUCAAAUGGUGUUAUAGGAAAUUUCGCUGCUGAAGUAGGUCUAUUAAGUAGAAAUAUUUUAAUACGUGGAACAGAAGAACCAGUUGUCUCAUCAAGUGUACCAAAAUGUCCAAGUGAUUUUAGUACAGAUCAAUUUGCAACUCAUACAUGUAUAAUAGGUAGUCCAGACGAACAACUGGGUGCAAAUGAAUAUGGAGGACAUGUACAUAUUGGUGGUCCAUUCGUAGAUAGUGGUGCAGUUAAAGUUUAUAUAUCACAUACUGAAUUUUAUUUUAUGGGUCAAGCCUAUCGUCUUGGUCGAUAUCCUAUACAUUUUCAUUUAAAUGGCUUAAUGAAUGGGUCUUAUGUACGUGGUUGUUCUAUACAUAAAACUUUUAAUCGUGCUAUUAAUAUUCAUAAUACACAUGAAGUAUUAAUAGAAAAUAAUGUAGUUUAUGAUAUAAUGGGUGGUGCAUUUUUCUUAGAAGAUGGUAUUGAACAUGGAAAUUUAAUUCAAUAUAAUCUAUUUGUACAUGUUAAACGUACCAGUAGUCUAUUAAAUGAUGAUGUAGUACCAGCGGCAUUUUGGAUUACACAACCAAAUAAUACAGUACAACAUAAUGUUGCCGCAAGUGGAACACAUUUUGGAUUUUGGUAUCGUAUGCUAGAAAAUCCAAGUGGACCAUCAACUACCACAAGUAUCUGUCCACGUAAAAUUCCUUUGGGAAUAUUCGAAAAUAAUACAGCGCAUAGUAAUGGAUGGUUUGCAUUAUGGAUUCAUGAGAGCUUUUUCCCAACAAAAACUGGAACUUGUGGAACAACGAAAUGGGAUAAGGCUGUAUUCCGCAAACUUACUGCAUGGAAUAAUAAUAAAGGACCAGAGUGUGUUAAUUGUGGUAGUGUACAAUUUGAAGAUAUGUUAUUAGUGAAUAAUGACGAGGCAGCAAUCGAAGGGAAACGUCUUAUGAAUGGAAAUUUAUAUGAUCCAACAAUUGGUCCUUUGUAUAGGAACAGUACAAUUGUUGGUUAUGAACCUGAUCUUAAUAAUGGAACUUCUGACUGUCAUACUAGAGCAGUUGUUUUGCCAUGGGCACCUGGUUUAACUAUUGAAAAUAUGGUAAUGAAAAAUUUCAAUAGUCAAAAUUGCACAGCAAUUCAUGGAACUGUAAUUACAUGUCAAUGUAGAAAACUUUGUGGCGGAUAUGAAUAUUUAUUUAAAGAUAUAAAAUGGGAGGAUACCAAUAAUCGAGCUGAAUUUCGAUGGCAUGGUGAUUUCAGUCUUCGUGAUGUAGAUGGAUCAUUGACAGAUGGUAUUCCAAAUGUUCCAAAACUUCCUGGAUCUUUGGUCGUAGGCAGAGCAAAUCAUUUACCUACUGAUAAAUGUGGUCCAAGUGCUCCAGGAGCUGGUGAUCUUGGGAAUGCUUUUGGUCAAGGCGCAGUUCCAGGUGUUCGUUGCCUACCUGAUGUUACAGCACUAAGGUAUGCUGUUGAUCAAACAAAUCCACCAUUACUUAUGGGAAGUAAUAUGACUGUUACACUACUUGACGGCGGGACAGAAGAAGUGCCCUUCAAAACUGAAGCUCUUACUGACAAACAAGGGUGGAUGACUACGUUAGUAAAUAACAGAACUUAUAUUGUCAAUUGGGACGCGAGAUCAUCGUUUACCAACUUUAGUUAUAUUGGUUACCUGGAAAAUUUCAGGCAAUCCGACUAUGUUAUAAUCCGUCAUAUGGGCAUGGAUAUUAAACCAGAUAGGGUUAAAGUUCUCUCUGGUCAAACACCUAAACAACCAAUAGCUGAACCUUUGGAUCCAUCUGUACAUGAUAAUGGUGAAGUGUUUUAUAAUGAAACUGGGAAAUAUAUUGAAUAUUUAGUGAAAGCCCCAGUUAAUCCAUCAUUAUUCAACAGCUAUCGUUUAUGGGUGUCAUUUUAUAAAUGCUUCUUUACUGAUUGCAUUGUUCCAAGUUCGAGUUCUGUAAGUGUAUUGGAUACAUCUCGACCAGUGGAUGCAUUAUAUUGGUCAAAAAAUAAUACAUGGGGAGAUGUUCUUGGACCUCAGCCAGUAAAUGGAAGCUCGCUUAUGAUUCCUAAAGGAACAUGGUUAGUACUUGAUACAUCAAUUAAUAUAAAAAUGAAUAAUAUUACAAUCUAUGGAACACUUGAAGUCGAUUCAGGAACAAGUCAAGAUCAACGAGUUUAUAAAUUAGCAUUUAAACAAAUGUUAAUUAUUGGAGGUCAAUUUUUAGCUGGAUCACUUCUUGAAAAACCAUUGAUGAAUGCAACACUUGAAUUAACUUUACUUGGUACUAUAUCUGAUGAAUUUAUCAGUUUAGAUGGACCAGUAAUUGGACCUAAAUCAAUUGGUGUUUAUGGAAUAAUGAGUAUGCAUGCAGUACCCAAAACUGUAAGAUGGACUACUCUUAAAUUAACAGCUAAUGCUGGAGACAAUCAAUUGUGUCUUACUGAUCCAGUAAUAGAUUGGUUGCCAGGCGAUCGUAUAGUUAUUGCUACAACUAGUAUGAAUUAUAAACAAUCAGAAGUUGGUGUAAUUGCUUCUGUUUCGUCGGAUCGAAUGGUAAUCACACUUGUAGACAAAUUAAUAAAUACUCAUGUCGCAUACAAUCAAACCUACGGCGAUCACAAAUUCAUAUUAGGCGCAGAAGUUGGUUUGAUGAAAUCAAAUAUUAUUAUCCAAGGUGAUGAUCAAAGUGUCAAUACUAAAUUUGGCGGAAGAAUCCUGAUUUCACAAACUCUAUACGAAGGUGAUAUCUUAUAUGGGCAAUUAAAAUUAUCAGGUGUACACUUCUAUCGAAUGGGUCAAAAAGAUUUUAAUACUGUAACAGAUGCACGUUUUCCUAUUGCAUUUAUUAGUGCUGGUGAUAUGAAUAAUAUAUCAUAUAUAAAAUCAUGUUUAUUUGAAAAUUCUUUAUCAACAGCUUUAGGAGGAUUUGCAACUACAGGAUUAUAUAUGGAAAAUAAUAUCUUUUAUAAAACAUUGGGUUCUGCAAUAUGGUUAACAGAUGGAAGUCCUGCAUUAGAUAUUAAACAAGCUAGUGAUUUAAUUCUACAAAGGAAUUCAAUUGCUGGAGCUGAACGUGUUUGUGUUUAUACUCAAGGUAAUUCAUGUGGUGAAAGUUCUACAACCAUUUGGGAGAAAAAUAUCAUACAUUCGUGUUUAAUCGGGAUUAUGCAGUUAAAAACACAGUACAAUUGUACCCUCAUUUCUAAUGCUCAAAUAUAUUCAGUUAGUCAAUUUCCAGUAUAUUGGAAAACAGCUUCAGCUAUUCAAGCCAAUAAUUUACAACUAGUUGAUAACGCUGGAGGUAUAUAUCCAUUCACUGGUUUACCUGGAGGACGUAGUCAUGAGAUCAGCAAAAAAACUUUCCUAUUUAAUAAUUCAUUAUUAGUUGGCCGUAGUGGAAUUCAAACAUGUGACGACCGUCCGGAUACAAAUGCUAUUAAACUUGGAUCGGAACUUCUAGGACCUACUGCACCUGACGGUAAUGGUUAUCUCGGUAUGACUAGUGCACAAUUUAUGAGUGGAACUGGUGAACCAGAGAAAGGCAAACUAGUGAGUUGGAUGGAAGAUUUUUCCAACGGUGGAGCAGCAUACUUGUCAAAUUUAACAAUAGCAAAUUACGGUACUAUAUGCAAUGGAAAAAGAGAUUAUGUUUGGAGAACAGCUACACCUAAUGAAGAUGGUGUAUUUCCAACUUAUUUUAUGGGUACAAAAACUAUAUCAGUUGAUAUGGAUAGCAUUGUUUAUUAUGAUAGACCACGUUUAGAUAAUGUCCGAUUUGAUAAAUGCAAUGAUAUGGAAUGUGAUGGUUUAAAAAAAGUUCUUGUUAUUGAUAAAGAUGGAGGAUUAUUUGGUCAACCUAGUGUUAUAGUACCACAAUCAGAGUGGCAAUAUAAUCUCAAUCCUUUGUAUGGUGUUGGUGAUAAUCGUAUACCUUCAAGGAUGUUAACUAAAGUUGAUGGAACAUCUAUUAAUCCUACAAUACAAUGGCCUAACAAAGGUAUUAUGCGUGAUAAUUCAUGUAUUUAUAUGCCUAAAAUGCAAGCAUACAAAUGCAGUAAAGCAUUAGACCAUAAAAUAAUACUGAUUGAAUCAAUGGAUCCAGAUGCAUUGGAACGUAGACUCUCACCGAUCGCGUUUGCAACUGAUGGCUUAUCUGCAAAUUACAUAGAUUUAAUAAAUGGUCCAAGUGAUCACGGAGUAUGCUCAAGUUAUGCAUGUUUAAAACGUAUGAGUACAUUUAUGUCUGUUGUUGCACGUCAAAAAAAUUUUGUUAUGUAUAUGACUAGUACACCUCCACAAGAAUUACGUUUACGUUUACCACAAGCUGAUCCAGAUUAUGCUGUACGUCUUGGAAUUGAUUAUUUCACUGCUGGAAGACUUGAUGUUUAUGUGAAUGGAGUAUACAUGAAAGCAAAAAAUGCUAUAACAAAUAAUUUAGGUCAAACUGUACUACAAGCACCUAAAACAUUAAAUGAAUUUAUGCCAAAUGUAAUAACUGAUCCAGCCGGUACAAAUUAUUUUGAUGAUUCAUCUCAAAUGUUAUAUGUUAUUAUAAAAGGUGAAGAUAUUAUUACAAUUAAAUUAUCUCAAUUAAUAAAAGUAGCAUUCGGUUUACCCGCUAUGACUAUUGAUCAAUUUUAUGGAUCAGAAGUUGUAAACAAUUUAGCUAAUUAUUUAGGUAUACCUGCGAAGAAUAUCCGGAUAGUCAAGGUGGUAUCUGAGUCCAGUACAAAUUCAGGACGUCGUCGACGUCGAUCUGCAUCUGGUGUUUUUGUUGAAUUAGAAAUUUCAACACCACCUAGUCAAAACUUAUCAACAGGCGUAACACCAAAUGUUACAUCUGGUUUGACAAAAGUUGAGGAAAUAUCUUCCAACGUUGUAACAUUAAUACAAACAGGAUUAUUAGAAUCGGUUAUCAAUACAACAGUUGUCAGUGUAACAAUUCAAAAACCUACACCAUUAUCCGGUAGUGCAUUAUGGGCUGCUCAAGUUUCAGAUUCAACAACUUCACAACAAAUUCCUGAAGUGAUUCAAAUACCAGUAAAGAGUCAAGUUAAAAUUGUAGUACCUACAGGAUAUACUUCAGUUGUUGAAGGAGUUCCAUUCAUGAUAGAAAUUAGUACAUUGGACUCUUCGGGAAAUAUUGUAAAACCAUUAGGUUCAAAUUCAAGUAUUUGGGCAUAUGAAAUAUUGCAACCAAAUGCUACAGUGUCACCUGUAAAAGUACCAAAAACAAAUUUUGAAGAUCCUACAACUGGAACAGCUUUAAUUUCCAAUUUGAUAUUUUCGGAAUCUGGUCAGGCUGAUCUCUUUGUUUCGGUGAUUUCACCAAAUGACUCAACCAGAUUAAAUACAUCAUUAACUUUUCCUGUAGCAAAUAAACAGCUAAGUUUACUGAUUUGUCCAAUUCCAUCUAAUUCUGAUAAUUCAAUUAUCAAAUUAUCUGUUAAUCAAAGCUUUACCAUUCAAAUGAACAUUAUUGACAAACAAAGUGGUGCUCCAGUUGAAAGGAUUAAUUGGCGAAAUUUAAUAUGGAAAUUCACUGGUGAUAUUUGUCCAAAUAGUAGAAAACCAAAAAAUAUUCCAAUAACUUCCUCUUCUUCAUUAGUAUAUGAUUCAUCUAAGACAAAUAACAAUUUCACAUGGACUAUUAAUGGAUUUCAAUUAUCUUGGGUAUAUACAUAUUGCAUUAGUGCUAAUGCUUAUUUAAAUGACAGUAUAACAAGACAAUUACAAUAUGAUUUACCAAUAACCAAAUUUAGAAUUUAUGUUAAUCCAGAAAAUUAUACUGAACCAACUAAAAAAGUAAUGAAACCAUUUCGAUUUAAAGUUACUGGUAGUUAUGAAAAUAUGUUGCUAUAUGUUGAUGAAUUUAAAGCUGCUAUACAAUCUGAAUUAUUAAUGCGUUAUCCUAAUAUAUUAUUUGAAAAUAUAACAUUAAGUAAAGGUAAGAAUAUUGAUUUAUUAAAUUUUUGAUAAGAUUUUAUAUUUUAAGUAAAGAUGGAUAGUGGCUAACCGUGGAAUUCAGGACAAAGCGCGUUUCGUCCUAUUUGGGACUUGUCGGCUGGAUGUACCUGCAUCCGAGUUGAUGUUCACUUUGGGACUCGAACCCAGUACCAUUCGCUUUAGACACCAUUGCAUUACCCACUUAACUACUGAUUCCUGAAUGCCACCUGCUUGUGGGAAGAUACGAAUAAAACAACACCAAGUGGAUUUAGAUUUUAUAUUUGUUACUUAAAUAAUGAACUAGACCUUUCAUAUCUGCUUUUGGAAUAUAAAGGUAGAACCACAUCAUACUGACAUAUCUAAGUAUCUCAUGAAAUAAUCUCGAAGUUGUUAUUUGGUGUAUGUUACUGAUGUCUACAGAUAUAAGUAGUAUGUAUUACCAAUCGAAAGUGGAAUGCCUGGUGGCAAAGGUUAAGAUAAUCCGAAGAGAAGAGAACGAGAACAGAGAGUGUUUGAUAUGGAAAUGAAGGAAUAACAAAGUCUGAGGCGAUUGAUGAAUAUUUUGCAAAUGAAGUGUUUACUGUAUGGUUGUCAGAUUUUACCAAGAUAUAUUUGAUUAUCCCCACUUGUGUUCGCAUUCACAACAGCUAUACUUCUCAGUAACCAAUGGAAGUAUAAAUUUAUCAAAUUUACAAGCUUUUAGCACAAAGUAAAAAAACUUCAAUAUGUACGGCAUGAUAUAUGAGAUUCAAAAUCGGUAUUUGUUUUUUUCUCCAGAUUAAAGUUUUGUUCGAUGGUAAAAACGUUUCUAUAUGUUUGCUGAUCGUUUCCCGGCAUAGAUUCCUUAUAAGCCUUCGAAUAUUCUCAAAGAGAACAUUGUCUUGAUUUCAAGUUGUUUGAAAGUACACUCAACAGUGUAUUUACACAAUAAUAUCCUUAUUUAACAAUUUCUUUAUCCUAAAUAAUUACAUCCAACAUAUCUAGUAGUCAAAGUAAUAAACGUUAUCCAGCGUAUCAUAAAUUUUAAUAGCUUGGUUUGGCAUUAUGUUUGAAUAAAUAAAAAAAUUCCGGUCACUUCGGCUUUACAUAUUGUAUUAAAUCUAAUAAGGAUCAAUAUAUAUCUUUACAUUUAUACAUGGUUACUUCUACUGCAAUAUAAUACCAAGUACACUAUAUAACUAAUCCAAAGGAUCUUUAGUACAUCAUAAAGAUAUAAUCAUAUUACUAAUGAUAGUUUCGAUAGUCAGCAUUAUUUUCAGAAAUUUGGCGCUAGCACUUUAAAGUAGAUAGAUAUUUAGAUUAUCAUUAUUUUGGCAACAUAGUAUAGUUCCACACACUUCAGACAAAGAAAUAUGUCUAAAAUCUUGUUCGAUUUCCAUAAAGUGAAUUAAUUUACUUCGUUAAUGGUUUUGAAGAAGAUAAUGUUUACGCGAAGUAAUUCAUAUAUACAACCGGAAUGAACGAACCCAUCGGACACAUAUUUUUGAGGUUAUUACUGCAUAGUCCUUCAAAUUGUUUAUGCAAUCAUUAGUGUGCUCUUUGAAGGAUAUUGAUGAACACAAACUCAAAAACGUACAAACUUAGAAUCCAAUUAACAAUACUCUAUAAAGAAUUUAACAAUGUAAAUAUUCAUUAAAACAAUUUGAAUGUUAUGAUAUAUCACCAUAAAUAUGUGAAAAUACUGAUCAUCACGAAAUCUUGUUCUAGGAUACCCUACAUAUUAACUACAGUUAAUUUAUACUGUGCAAGAUGAAACACAAUACUAAGUCACUUAGACUAACUGUAACAUUUCCAAUUUCGGAAUCAGAAUAUGCUUAAAAUUAAGAACUGGAAUACAUGGAACUAGUGCCUACUUGUUAAUCUAUAUAUGUUGUGUCGUAUUGCAAAUUUCAACUGAGAGAUUUAGUUUAGAAUCGUAUAUGACUAAACAUGAUAGGAAACAUGACUCAGUGAGUGAACAAUGUGUUUCAUGAACUAUGAUAAAAGACUAUCUAAAGUCAUAGUAAUUUGUUUAAUGCAAUAAAAUUUUCUUUCGUUUGCUUCAGAAAAUUAACUUUCGGAGAUUGAUUUCAUAUUCAGCUCUCAAGAUUUCUAAUUAAAAUCAAUCACCAAAUAGAAGCAAAUUAAUUGUUUUUUCCUUAUGAAAUUUGGUAAUUUUGCACUGUAAUUUGAUAAUAUACCAUAUUUUCUCAAGAAAAACGUUUAUUUUUGAAGGGAUGGAAUCAAUGAUUCUGCGAAAUCAACUUUUUUGUUAUUGUUUCUACUGUACCAGUAACUAUAUAUAUAAUAUAUAUACCGAAGAAAGAUCAGAGCAAUUGUGAGAUCUAUAGUCAUCACACUACUGUCAGUACUAGGAAAAGUGUUGCUGUACCGGAUGAAAGGCUCAGUAAAAGUUAUAUAUUUAUAUUAUAUAUUUUUAAGAUGAAUCAGAUAUUAUUCUAAUCAUUUCUUUUACUUUAAUAAACGCAUUAUAGGUAGUAUAACUGUAGAUUUGAUUGCAGCAUCUGAUACGACAACUGUAAUCCAAAAUGCAUUGACCAGUUUUACAUCUUCUUUAAAUGAUGGAAGUGUUACGUUUUCCGUCGGAGGUGUUGAUUAUACAGCAACAAAUGACAAGACAAAUGCUGGAUGUAGAUCAACUGGUUUUCUAACAUCAUUGAUAACAAUUCUACUCAAUUUAUUAAUUUAUAAAUUAUUACCUAGAAUUUAUUUACUUUGAUUAUAAUUGUAGUUUUCGUAUUCAUUUUUAUUUAUUGUGUAUUUCCAUUAUAUUUAUACAUUCUACAUAUCUAUGCACACUUUCUUACAAACAACCAAACAAACUACACAUUGAAUUCGUAAUUGUGUCUUUUGUCAUCUAUUUUGCUAAAUUUAUUCUUCACUUCAAUUAAAGAACAAUCGUUAAAUCACUAAUUCAUGUUAUGUUUAUGUUUAGUUUGAGCAAUUAUUUUAAUCGAUGAAUAACAAAUAAACUUUUUUGUCUGAUAAAAAGUAUUUGAUUUGUACUAAACAAAGUCCAAAUUACAAGGAUGUAACAGUAGGACGAAAUGGCUGUCCAGUGCUUCGAGGUUUUCCGAUUGACUAACCCCCAAAUGCCCUGGUACAGCUGAGAGUGCGAAGAGUCCUCUAUCUCUCUCGAAAUGCUCUCACAUGGCCACGCGUGUAUAGCUUCUGCCAGAGAAGUCCUACUCACUGCCUUCUUGUGACAUUACUGUUGUUUAUGAAAUUGAAAUGACGAAAAGCGAACGUCCGACGCUUCAACCGGGUUGGUGGACAUGGAGAGUCCACAUAGGGGAGUUGGAAAACCCUCAUUCCAAACCAAUAUUGCACAUUAGCUCCAGUAUGCUGAGGGAAAAAAUGUCGUAUGAACCAAUCGUUGGUCACCAUCUACUAUGGGACCGCAUCUCCUUACGAUGCUACACUGCCUUGUGGGUCAAACCUUUGGGUCGAAGACUCUGGGUGUGCCCCCCUAAGAAAACCACCUGCUUCGGUCUGAGCACCCGGGUAAUAUCACAGUCCACAUACAAAUCAAAUAAGAUUUGUGUGGCGCAUAUGUAUCUGGUGCCCCCUUGUACCAAUAUCUAUGUGUUCAAACAAAAAAUAAAUAAAAAUUAAUUGACUGAUGGGAACAACUAUUAGAAUUACUGUAAUAUACACAAAAUCCCAUUCUUAAUUUAAUUUUAUGUUCAAUGAAAAAGGGUUAUAUAGAUGUGACAACCUAGUGAACAACUUAAUUAUUUAAGAUAUAGAUAUGUGAAAACGAUCUGACCUAAAAUAUUUCAGUACAUGGAAUGUUUAAGUAUUCUUGAUGAUAUCGUGGCAAAGCGUUUUUAUUUAUAACAAUAUUUAUGUUUGUCCUUAACUAUAAAUGAUAAGGGAUUCGAUCAUUAUUUAGAUAAAUAGUCUGUAUUUGAAACUUUCAUUGUUUUUUAAAGAUGGGAAAAGUUUGAGUAAGUAUUCAUUUGUAGGCAAAUAACGGAAGAAUUAAGCUAAUGAAAUUAAAAUAAAGACAAUAAGAUUCGCCUAUGAAUGUAUUAUUGAUUACAUAUAUAUUACGAUUACUAAUAAGUCAAGAUAUAUCGUAAAUGAGUUCAAGAAGGCAACAACUUACUUAAGUGUAAUUUCGUUGAAGCAGAAACAGAAACUAUAACAUUCUUCAAUGUUCUGGCAAAAUUUUCUGCCUGACCAUUAGUACAAGGGUACCUGAGAGUAGUGAACAGAUGUUUACACCCUAUACCAUUCAACCAAGUAGAAACUGCAUCCGCAAAAAACUAGAAUUAUUAUCAGUCACUAACACCAUGGGAACCCCUUCUCAACUAAACAUCUUUCUUAAUGCUUGUAUUAUGAAGUCAGAAAUUGGUGUUUGUGAAAAAGACUUCGGGCCACUUGGAAAAAGAAUCAGUGACUACAAUUUCUAAGAAAUGGACCACAGUAGUCUGCAUGAAUUCUCUGCCAGGCCUCAAACGAUACUGCUCAUGGAGUCCACUUCGAAGACUGACUUUUCAACUUAUGACAUUUUCCACAAUUGUUUGCUUUACGACAUAUAUCUGCAUUUAUCUCCGGCCACCAACAUGUGAGCCUUGCCAAUUACUUCAUUUUCUCAACACCUAUGAAGAUCUUUAAAGACAGAUUUCCGUAGCGAGGGAGGAAUAACAACACUCUUAUUUAAAAACAAAAUACCAUCAGGAGUGGUGAAUAACUCAUGCCGCUUUGAAAAAUAAACAGAAAAUCUGUGUUUCGGAUUAGCAUUCCAAUCUUUUCGUAUCUACGAGUUACUCUAAUGAGAUUUGGAUGUCUUACCAGUAAAGAUCGCACUAACAAACAGUCCUAUGUAUCACCAAAUCUGUCUUGUAAUGAUUGUCGAGAAAUGUAGUCAACAUGUUGAAUUUGUUUGGCACUUCUGUGCUGAAUAGUAGUCAUAAGCACUCAAAGCAAUACUCGAUCGUAGAACCAUAGCAGCUGAGAAUGGUGACUAGACUUAAAAGCUUCAUGGUCUGUAACAAUACAGAAUUUUUCUGAAUAAAUAUCUACGAAGUUUUAUAACAGCACAAAAGACAGCUAAUGCUUCUCGCUGAAUUUGUGAAAAGCCUUGUAAGUUUGCGUGAAACACAGAUUACUGGUCUACCUUCCAGCUCCAAAAAUGUACCAUUAUCCGCAGGUUAUGCAUCAGUCAUAGGUACAGAAUGAACUCUAGUAAAGUAAGUUUGAAGAAUAGCAUCACUUUGAAGAAAGUUGAGUAGACUUCGUAAGCAUGACUCUUGUUCCUCACCCCAUUUAAAUGAGCUGGAUGUUCAUGUACUAAAUAUACAAUCGGAACAACAAGAAAAAUUAGGAAUAAAACGGGAAUAGUACUGAAGAGCACCCACUAGUGAAUGUUGUUCUGUAAUAUUUUUAGAUAAGGUGCAUUUAUCAGUGGUUUAAAACCGUUACUGUCAAAUAAGUAUUUAAGACAUUCAAGACUUGAUACACAAAAUUAAUACUUAUUUGAACUCACGAUGAUAUUCUUCUGAGGUAGACGAUGCAAUUAAGUGUGGUGGACCAAACAGAUAUGAACGCAAAAAGUAUAAACAAAGUUAUUAAAAAUCAAUAGUAAUAUCAAUAUAUAUAAUUAAUUGUUACAAAUACAAUAAAAAUUAGGGACGUUACUUAAAUUGAUCAGACGUUGCGUGUUAUGAUUAGGUCCAGUAAUGUAAAUCCACAAUUAUAAACGUUUGCUGAUUCUGAGCAGGUUGGCGAACUCUCUAAUGAUAUAGUCCAACAUAGGAUGUGAUAUAUUCCGAUUACAGUCUAUAAAUGUAGAUAAUAUUUGAUUUAGACUUCAAUUAGCUCAAUCACAAAUGAAAAUAGAACGAGGAAUGUGUGAGAAGCGGUGUAUUUGUUAACCAGCAGCGGUAUGUCACGCUAUGUAGUAGUACAACGGAAAGUGU